AAAAUAAAACGGUUUUUACUUGACCUUAUUCAUUUCAAAUCAAAUCACACUGCUGAACGCACAAAAGAAAAACUUCUCUGGCUUUGUGAUGAGAUGAAAAUUAGAUAUAAAAUCAUCUCAUUAACAAUGGAUAAUUAUUCAGCAAUGGUCGUGUGUAGAGAACUUCUAGAAAAUAUUUGGAAUCAAUUUGAGUUUAUGCAUUAUAGAUGUGCAGCACAUGUUCUUAAUAUUGCAGUUAGCUAUGGAAUACAAUAUCAAACUCCCUUAAUAGAUAAAUAUAUUACACCAAAAAUCGAUGUAAUAAUACGUUGGAAUAGCAUUUACAAUAUGUUAUAUAGGUUUAAAUUAAUGCAUACCGAGCUUAACCUCCUUGUAACCAAAUAUAAACUCAGAGAUAUUUUCCUUAAUAAUGAUGAAUUUAAAGAGAUUGAUGAUUUACUCAAUCUUCUUUACCCUAUACUUGAAGCAACGGUAUUACUUUCAUCUAGUUCAUAUCCAACAAUGUCUGAUAUCCGUUUGUCUUUCAAAGGUGUUCUUCACCACCUUAGUAGAUUUAUUGAUGACAGAUCAUACUCACUUGAUAAAUCAAUAGUUCAAUAUAUACCACAAGCUUUUGCAACUAAUGCUGGCCCUUCUAAAAAUAGAAAAAGAGAAUUUUUUAAAUCUCUAUUAGAACAGCAACAAUUAAUCAAUGAACCACCAGUAGAAGAAUUAGAUCUAUACUUAUCUUCACCUCCGUGUUCUGAAGAAGAUCCUCUUGAAUACAUUCUCUGUGAAAAAGCAUUUUUAGUAGCAGCAAGAACAGUUACGAAAAUUCAUAAUUGUCUUCACCCUGAAACCACGUGUACUUUGCUUUGUUUGAAAAGCUGGAUGGAACAGGGUAUUGGAGAACAAACCGAGAAAUAA